ACCAAAUAAAAGCAAUAUAUGUUCCUCCUCCUUUCAUGAUGCAAACCUUCUGUUGAAUUUACCCAUCAUCAUGUUCAUAAUCCUCCUCCUCCUCCUUCCUUCUUUAAUUCUUCACCUUGUUAAUUUUCUCCUAGGACGUACUGAGUUUCCUUCUUCUUCAACCCCUGAAUUGGAGCAUGAGGAAGCUCCCCAAGCAGUGCCUUCAUCUUCUUCAUCUUCAACCCCUGAAACAUUGGACUUUGAUGUCUUCCUUAGUUUUAGGGGUGAAGACACCCGCAAUAGUUUUACGGACCAUUUAUAUCACGGUUUGGAUCUGAAAGGAAUCGAUACAUUCAGGGAUGAAGAGAAGCUUGAGAGGGGAAAACUCAUCAGACCAAAACUCCUGAAAGCAAUUGAACACUCCAAGUUUGCAGUCGUUGUUCUUUCAAAAGACUACGCUUCUUCAACUUGGUGUUUGGAUGAACUUGCCCAUAUUGUUCAGUGCAUGAAAGAGGGAAGACUAGAAGUGUUUCCGGUCUUCUACUACAUCGAGGCAUCCGAGGUAAGAAAUCAAACAGGAAAUUUUGGAAAGGCCUUUGCAAAGCAUGAAGAAAAUUUUAAGAAGGAAAAAGGGAAGGUGAAAAAGUGGAGGAGAGCUCUGAGGAAAGUAGCCAAUGUUGCUGGAUGGGAUUUGAAAAAUAGGAAAGAAUCAAAAGUUAUUGAGGAAAUAGCUAACAAGAUUUCAAAUAUAUUGAACGACAAACUCUCAAGUUCUAGCAACGAUUUAAUUGGAAUGGAUUCUCGUAUUAAGAAAAUGGAGGAGUACUUGGCUCUUUGCAGGUCAGAUGAUGUUCGCACCAUAGGGAUUUGGGGGUUCGGGGGCAUUGGUAAGACAACUCUCGCAAACGAAGUUUUUAAGAAGAUCAGGAACCAAUUUGAUGCUAAAUGCUUCGUUUCCUCUGUUAGAGAGGAAUCCACAAAAGUAAAUGGUCUAGCUGGCAUGCAAAAAUUUCUGUUUGCAACCUUGCUGAGCUGCAAAGAAGAUAUACAAAAUGCUGAUUUGGGGAUCCAAUUGUUACGUACUAGACUAAGGAAAAAAAAGGUGCUUAUUGUUCUGGACGAUGUUGAUAAACUAGAUCAAAUAAAGGCUUUAGCAGAUGAGUCUUGGUUGGGUUCAGGGAGUCGAGUCAUUAUAACAACUAGGGAGAAGCACGAGUUGGAUACGUGCGGACUACUUGCAGAUAGUAUAUACGAGGUUGACAAGCUGAAGGUUGGUGAAGAUUUUCAGCUCUUUUGCCGAAAAGCCUUCAAGGAAAACGAUGCUCCACAUGAUUAUAAAGAGCUGUCCAAAAAAUUUGUAGAAUAUGCUGGUGGCAUUCCUUUAGCUCUUGAAGUUUUGGGUUCAUGCUUGAGGGUAAAAAAUGUAGCAGAAUGGUCAGAAGCAUUUGACAGACUUGAUGAAGAUCCUGAAAAAGACAUUAUGAAUGUGCUUAAAGUAAGUUUUGACGCAUUAAAGAACACAGUGAAACAAAUCUUUCUGGACAUUGCAUGCUUCUUUAAUGGAGAGGAUCAAGUUCGUGUAAAGAGGAUAUUAGCAAGUUGCUGGUUUUAUCCUGAAAGUGGUAUGCGUGACCUUCUUGAUAAAGCCCUAAUUAAAAUUAACGAAAGAAAUGAACUGUGGAUGCAUGAUUUACUCCGGAAAAUGGGUCAAGACAUUGUUCGUAGAAAAUUUCCUAAUGAGCCCGGAAAGCGCAGUAGGUUGUGGAUUAAUGAGAAUGCCUACAAACGCAGCAGGUCAUGGCAUGACAAAGUACUCGCAGAGAAUACGGGAACAACUGCUGUCGAAGGCAUAUUCCUGAGCUUGCUGGCAAAGGAAGAGAUACAGUUGGAUGCUGACCCAUUUGCUAAAAUGUGCAACCUAAGAUUGUUGAAGAUUUGUAAUGUGAACUUUUCUAGAUGCCCUGAGUAUUUCUCUAAAGAGUUACGGCUUCUGGAAUGGCAUGAAUAUCCUUUAGAAUCUCUGCCAUCAAGUUUUAAACCAUGUCAGCUUGUUGAACUCAAGAUGCCUAACAGUCGCAUUACCCAACUAUGGCAUGAAAGUUGUACCACGAUGGAAAACUUAGUACAAAUGGAUCUUUCCUACUGCAAAUUCUUGAUCAAGACCCCAGACUUCAGAAAGGUCCCAAAUCUUGAGAGGUUGAUUCUUGAAGGUUGUGAAAAAUUAUCAGAGGUUCACGCAACAAUUGGGGAUCUCCACCAUCUCGUUGUAUUGAGUAUGAAAGGUUGUGAAAGUCUAGAGAGCCUUCCCUACUCCAUCAGCUUGGAAUCUCUUAAAACCUUUAAUCUUUCUGGUUGUUCAAAACUCAAAGAGUUUCCAGAGAUUGUGGGAAACAUGGAAGCUUUGUCAGAACUUUAUUUAGAUGGGACGGCUAUAAGGAAGCUGCCGGCAUCAAUCCAGCAAUUGAGGGGCCUUAUUUUGUUAAAUUUAAGUGGUUGCAAGAACCUUACGAGUUUUCCGAUGGCCAUUUGUAGUUUGACAUCUUUGAUAUAUAUAUAUAUGUCUGGCUGCUCACGGAUUGACGUACUGCCGGAAAACCUGGGGAGCUUGGAACGGUUGCAAGAGCUUGAGGCCUGUUACACUGCUAUAACAAAAAUGCCAUGGUCCGUUUUAUUACUUCCGAAGCUUAAACGAUUAUGUUUCCGUGGAAACGAAGAUGUGCCAGUGGAAUCCUCUGUAUCCGCUGAACAUAAAGAUGAGCUGGCAGAAUCCUCUGUUUCCACUGAACAUAAAGAUGAGCUGGCGGAAUCCUCUGAAGCCUCAUAUAAGCAUGAACGCAGGAUGCCUAACGGCAUUAUCCACCUAUUGCUUUUAAAUUUGAGUAAAUGUGAUAUUGUGCACAUACCUGAAAGCAUGUCUCAGCUUUCUAAGCUUAGAGUACUUAAGUUGUUUAGGUGUAGCAAACUUCAGUCGUUGCCAAAACAACUUCCGUUGAGUAUAAAGUUCAUAGAUGUACGUCAUUGUCCCAAGCUGCCAAUUUCAAAGACUUUGACAGUAUGGACUGCUAUUAACGGUUUAAGUUUCAUGAUUUCUGGAAAUUCCAAUGCGGCUGAAGAACUUGAUGAUGAACUAUUCUUUUUUAAAUACAUUUAGGACCUAAUUUAUCAUGAAAAGCCAUUUGAAAUUCGCGCUCAUUUUCCUGAUGGUACGAGAGUUCCGAACUGGUGCAGACAUUGGAUGAGUGGGUCUUCUGUAAGAGCCAAACUACCUAUUGAUACAGAAGGUAGUAAUAGUUGGUGUAUGGGGUUUGCCCUAUUUGUUGCUUUCGAAAUCCUUGAGAAUGAAAAUUUUCAGAAAAGUUGGGAAUUGGAAAAGACUGUUUGCCAUUUUUCCACCUGUGAAGGUCGUCUUGAACACCCCUUAGUCUUUCAAAACUUCGACGGCUACAGUGUUGGGUCGUCCUAUGGACUUUGCUGCUACGAGCCCCGAGGUGGGCAGUUUGCAAGGCAAUUGAAUGAAGGGAGUCGACAAUUUGAAGCUUCAGUUACAACGAAUCGACCAGACUUGGAAGUAAAAGGGUGCGGCAUACAUUUCAUAUGGCAGCAAUAUGUUGCAGAUUUUGUUAAUAAUUUAAUAGUACCAAUUGCUAAUCACCAACACCCAGGAUUUGAGCUUUGGUCUGCAUUGUAAAGCUCUUGUGCAUGAUCGAUCCAUGGGAACCUCCAUGAACUUUCCACUCUGAAUGAAGACAGCUACAAACACUGGAACAAUUGCAAGGUUUUGUAGUCUGACCACAUAAUUGUCACUCCAAACACUGUCGUUUUGUCAUCAUUUACAUAUAAUGGCCGAGCCUGAGACAACUCUAUGGUCGACCUAAUUUUGCAGACCAGAAGAGAGAACUUGAGUUUUGUUGCAUCAGUCUUAAAGGACACAUUGUUUCUGUUUUAAAGCACUUCAAUCCUUCUUCCACAUAAAAUAUUUGUUUCCGUCACAAGUGUAAGAUCAUUUGUAUAUAUAUAUACAGUUAUUCUCUCUUCCGUAUGUCCGCACGUUAUUAGUGUGCGGAUGCCAUUGUAAAUAGGGAGAAAAGUAGGGUGAGGUAGUAGAAAAUACAUGGCAUUUGCACUAUGAUAACUUUUGAUGUCCGCAUAGGAGAAUUUAUGUAUGUAUAUAUAUAUAUUUCUUGC